CUAGUGACCGAUGCACGCUUGCAGUGAGAGAAUUGGCCAAUAAUAUUGAUCUGUAUCACCUAUGAAUACCUUAUCUCGUUGCUCAACUACCAUGUAUUCUGCACUUAUGGCAUCUCAGCUUCACAAAACUUUGCUUUGUGCCACUUUGCUGCUGCUGCUAUUGCUUCCCCGUGUUCCUCUUGUCAAAGCUUCACUCGGAUCCCAAGGGAGGGUGUUGCUCCAUUGGAAAGCCACUCUUCGGAGUCGUCAAUCCCUGAGAUCUUGGAACCUCAAUUCUAGUCCUUGCAAUUGGACCGGAGUUACUUGCAAUUACCCCGUCGUAAGUAGAGGGCGUUUGGCGAUCACCGAGAUAUCCCUGCCGAGCAUGAGCUUGGCAGGGCCACUUGAUGCUCUUGACUUUUCGACUUUGGGAUCGCUCCUCCGUCUCAAUCUCUCCUACAAUCAGCUUGGUGGGGCAAUUCCUUCGGCCAUCUCCGCUCUCUCCAGGCUCGUAUCUCUUGAUCUCACCAGCAAUCAGUUCACAAGCAAAAUCCCAGUUGGGAUGGGCUCUAUGAAAGAGCUUCGAUUCUUGAGUCUUAGCCAAAAUCAAAUGGUUGGUGCUAUACCUCCAUCUCUUAGUAACCUCACCGGCCUUGUGUCUUUGCACCUGAAAGAUAAUAAGCUUGUGGGUGUCAUUCCCAAGGAGUUAGGGAGGCUCCAUGAGUUGAUGUAUUUGGAUAUUGGGGUUAAUAGGCUAUCUGGUUUAAUCCCUUCAAGUUUAGGAAAUUUGACAAAGCUCUAUCACUUGGAUCUCUACCAAAAUCAUUUGACCGGAGCAAUCCCUCGAGAAUUAAAAAAUCUAAUUAAUCUCAUUUACCUAUCAAUUGCCGAUAAUAAUCUAACAGGUGUGGUUAUCUCUUCUUUUGGAAACCUAACCAAGCUGCAAUUUUUUUGGCUACAGAGAAAUAAACUCUCAAGUCCUAUCCCUUUUGAGAUUGGAAACCUAGUUGAGGUUACCGAUCUUAACUUCUCAGACAACCUAUUAACCAAUUCAAUUCCUUUUUCUAUUGGAAACAUGACUAAAUUAAAGAGACUUGACCUUUCGGAUAAUCAAUUAUCUGGUUUUAUUCCUCUUGAGAUUGGAAAUCUAAUUGAAGUUACUAAUCUCUCACUCUCAAAAAAUUUUUUAACUGGUCCCAUCCCUUCCUCUAUAGGAAACAUGACCAAAUUAAAUAUUCUUUACCUUUCAGAUAAUCAUUUGUCUAAUUUUAUUCCUCUUGAGAUUGGAAAUCUAAUUGAAGUUACUAAUCUCGUACUCUCAACAAAUCUUUUGACAGGUCUCAUCCCUUCCUCUAUCGGAAACAUGAUCAAAUUAAAUAUUCUUUACCUUUUUGAUAAUCAAUUAUCUGGUUUUAUUCCUCAUCAGAUUGGGAAUCUAACUGAAGUUACUGAUAUGACACUCUUCGAAAAUCUACUGUCAGGUCCCAUCCCUUCCUCUAUAGGAAACAUGAUCAAACUCAUAAAACUAGGUGUAUUCAAUAAUCAGUUGUCUGGACCUUUGCCUACGGAGAUCAACAACAUUCCGGGACUGACAUACCUAGUGCUGUCAAAUAAUAGCUUCUCCGGUUAUUUACCCCCAAACAUAUGCAAAGGUAGAGUUCUACAAUAUCUCAUUCUUGAAAUGAACAAAUUUCAAGGUCCCAUUCCCACGACCUUGAAAAAUUGUACGACACUAGUAAGGGUCCGUCUUGAACACAACCAACUCACCGGAGAUGUAUCUCAAUGUCUUGGAAUGUAUCCCCAUCUUUAUUAUAUGGAUUUGAGCUUCAAUCUACUCUCCGGUACACUCCCACCAGACUGGGCAAGAUGGCACAAUCUGACGCGCCUGAGAAUCUCAAAUAACAACAUCACCGGAGUCAUACCCACCGAGUUUGGGCAGUUGACGAAACUGCAAGAUCUGGACCUCUCUUCCAACUACCUACAAGGAGAGAUCCCAAAGAGCUUCGGCAGCUUAACCCUUCUCUACAAUCUGAGCUUGGGCAACAACCAACUCGUCGGCCAUGUCCCUCUGGAGUUUGGAAUGCUGUCCAAUCUUGAACUGCUUGAUCUCUCAUCCAACAACUUGGCAGGAAGAUUCCCAGAUCAAUUAGGCAACUGCAUGAAACUCCGAUUGUUGAAGCUUAACAACAACAACUUCAGUGGAACCAUUCCUUUGGCCAUUGGUAAUCUGGUGUACCUUCAAGACACCUUUGACAUCAGCCACAACUCACUAACAGGGGAGGUUCCAUCCCAACUCAGCAAAUUGGCGGUGCUGCAAAGCCUGAAUCUAUCGCAUAAUUACUUGUCGGGUCAUCUUCCAUCUUCGCUAGCGUAUAUGACGAGCUUGUCUACCGUAGAUGUAUCCUACAAUGAACUGGACGGCCCUGUUCCUGAUAGCCCAGCUUUCCGAAGAGCCCCGGCAGAGUGGUUUGCCCAUAACAAUGAUCUGUGUGGAGUUGUUCGAGGAUUGCCUCCAUGUGUUUCACUCGGUACUCCAACAACAGACGACCGAAGAAAGCGUCACAAAAAUGUUAUAGUAGCCAUCAUUGCUUCUGUGGUCUUCUUCCUUCUCUUGUUUAUAUUCAUUGGAGCAUUCCGCAAGAGAGAAAAAGAUACAGUACCUGUUGAUAAUAAUCACAUCAAAGAAGGUGCAUUCUGUAUAUUGAAUUUUGUUGGAAGAGAUGUAUACAAGGGCAUCAUCGAAGCCACCGAAGAUUUCGAUGCCAAAUACUGUAUCGGAAGCGGUGCAUACGGCAGUGUCUACAGGGCAGAGUUAGCAAGUGGGGAACUGCUAGCGGUGAAGAAGAUUCACCUACCAGGCACUGAAGGUACAUGCGACGAGCAACCCUUUCAAACUGAGAUACAAACUCUUACUCAAAUUCGACAUCGCAAUAUCGUCAAGCUUUACGGGUUCUGCUCCUCUCCUCGACACAAAUUUCUGGUGUUCGAGUACAUGGAGAGAGGAAGUCUGGGAUCUGUCCUCCGAAGCGAGACGGCAGCUGAAUUGGACUGGGUGAAGAGGGUGAGCAUCGUGAAGGAUGUCGCCUGUGCUUUAUCCUACAUGCAUCAUGACUGCACACCGCCCAUCGUUCAUCGGGAUAUCACAAGCAACAACGUUCUACUUGAUUCAGAAUUCAAGGCUUGUGUUUCCGACUUUGGAAUUGCUCGACUACUGAAUCCGGAUUCAUCAAAUUGGACCAUGCUUGCAGGCACACGGGGUUACUUAGCACCAGAGCUUGCUUACACAAUGAGAGUAACCACCAAAUGUGAUGUGUACAGCUUUGGUGUGGUCACGCUUGAGUUGCUAGUAGGAGAAUAUGGAGAAGAACUCAUCUCCAUUCUGUCGUCUCCGUCUGGUAACAAUGUCUUCGUGAAAGAUGCAUUAGACCAACGUCUAUCACUUCCUGUGGCUCGAGUUGCAGAUGAAGUAAUUGCAGUCUUAACAGCGGCACUAAGUUGUGCCAACAACAGCCCAGAAUCGCGCCCAGCGAUGAAGCAAGUCUAUGAAAACAUAUGUUCUGUCAAGACACCACAGGGCUGUGGAUCUCUUGAUGCGCUGAGGCUUUCCGACUUGAUGAAUGCAGACAUAUGAUCGAACACAUGUCUCCUUUGUUGUUGCCUUCUUUGUUGAGGCUCGCAGGGUAUUAUUUGUAUGUACUGUUAUGCCGUGUAGGUGGUUCGGACCCUUUGGUUGUGUAGUAGUGUCGUUUAGAGGCAAGUGGUAGAAGCCUAAUUGGAAACAGGAUCUUGAAGUUGUGAUGAGGUGUCUAUAAUAAAGUUGUUGAGAUCGACAAUUUUGGAUGUGUU